AUGAGGAUUAUUUGCAGACAGCUUGUCUUGUUGUUUUCUGGAUUUUGGGGACUUGCAAUGGGCGCUUUUCCUAGCAGCGUGCAAAUAGGUGGUCUCUUCAUCAGAAACACAGAUCAGGAAUAUACUGCUUUUCGAUUAGCAAUUUUUCUUCACAACACCAGCCCCAAUGCAUCUGAAGCACCUUUUAAUUUGGUUCCUCACGUAGACAACAUUGAAACAGCAAAUAGCUUCGCUGUAACAAAUGCCUUCUGCUCCCAGUACUCACGAGGAGUUUUUGCCAUUUUUGGACUGUACGAUAAAAGAUCAGUACACACCUUGACCUCAUUCUGCAGCGCCUUGCACAUCUCCCUCAUCACACCCAGUUUCCCCACUGAGGGCGAGAGCCAGUUUGUGCUGCAACUGAGGCCUUCCUUACAAGGAGCGUUGCUAAGUUUGCUUGGUCAUUAUAAAUGGAACCGCUUUGUCUUCCUUUAUGACACGGAUAGGGGUUACUCAAUACUUCAAGCUAUUAUGGAAACAGCAGGAGAAAAAAGCUGGCAAGUUAGUGCCAUAUGUGUGGAGAAUUUUAACGAUGCAAGUUACAGGCAGCUUUUAGAAGACUUGGACCGGAGACAAGAAAAGAAAUUCGUAAUAGACUGCGAAAUAGAGAGGCUUCAGAAUCUCUUAGAACAGAUUGUGAGUGUUGGAAAACAUGUUAAAGGCUACCAUUACAUCCUUGCAAAUCUGGGAUUCAAAGAUAUUUCCCUGGAGAGGUUUAUGCAUGGAGGAGCCAACAUCACAGGGUUUCAGUUAGUGGACUUCAAUACACCAAUGGUAGCUAAACUCAUGCAGCGAUGGAAGAAACUGGACCAGAGAGAAUACCCAGGAUCAGAAACUCCUCCUAAGUAUACCUCUGCUCUGACUUAUGAUGGAGUACUUGUGAUGGCUGAGACUUUCCGAAAUCUUAGAAGGCAGAAAAUAGAUAUUUCUCGAAGAGGUAAUGCUGGGGAUUGUCUUGCAAAUCCAGCUGCACCAUGGAGCCAAGGAAUUGACAUGGAGAGGACACUGAAACAGGUUCGAAUACAAGGACUUACUGGAAAUGUUCAGUUUGACCAUUAUGGUCGCAGAGUCAACUAUUCGAUGGAUGUAUUUGAACUGAAGAACACAGGUCCUCGAAAGAUUGGUUACUGGAAUGACAUGGAUAAAUUAGUCUUGAUUCAACAUGAGCCUACAAUGGGCAAUGACACAUCUGCUCUUGAGAACAGAACUGUAAUUGUAACUACAAUUAUGGAAGCCCCAUAUGUUAUGUGGAAAAAAAACAGAGAAUUGUUUGAAGGGAAUGAGAAGUAUGAAGGUUACUGUGUAGACCUGGCAUCAGAAAUUGCAAAGCAUAUUGGCAUCAAGUACAAAAUUGCUAUUGUCCCUGAUGGAAAAUACGGAGCAAGGGAUCCACAGACAAAAAUCUGGAAUGGGAUGGUGGGAGAGCUUGUAUAUGGGAAAGCAGAGAUUGCAGUUGCACCUCUGACCAUCACUUUGGUGCGUGAGGAGGUUAUCGAUUUUUCUAAGCCCUUUAUGAGUCUUGGCAUAUCCAUUAUGAUCAAAAAGCCCCAGAAAUCUAAGCCAGGAGUUUUUUCCUUCCUGGACCCCUUGGCCUAUGAGAUUUGGAUGUGCAUAGUCUUUGCCUACAUUGGGGUCAGUGUUGUCCUAUUCCUGGUGAGCAGGUUUAGUCCAUACGAAUGGCAUACAGAAGAACCAGAGGAUGGUAGAGAAGGACCCAGUGACCAACCUCCUAAUGAAUUUGGCAUCUUCAACAGUCUGUGGUUUUCCCUGGGUGCCUUUAUGCAGCAAGGAUGUGAUAUUUCACCCAGGUCUCUCUCAGGUCGCAUAGUUGGAGGUGUGUGGUGGUUCUUCACGCUGAUCAUAAUUUCAUCAUAUACCGCUAAUCUUGCUGCUUUCUUGACUGUUGAGCGAAUGGUCUCGCCCAUAGAAAGUGCAGAAGACCUUGCGAAGCAAACAGAAAUUGCAUAUGGGACACUGGAUUCUGGUUCAACAAAAGAAUUCUUCAGAAGAUCUAAAAUAGCAGUAUAUGAAAAGAUGUGGGCAUACAUGAGCACAACAGAUCCGUCAGUAUUCGCUAGGACUACAGCUGAGGGUGUUGCCCGUGUUCGCAAGUCCAAGGGCAAGUUUGCCUUCCUCCUGGAAUCCACCAUGAAUGAAUACAUUGAACAGCGAAAGCCAUGUGACACCAUGAAAGUGGGAGGAAAUCUGGAUUCGAAAGGCUAUGGAGUAGCCACACCAAAGGGUUCUUCAUUAAGGUGGGUGGAAUAA